UUUUUUUUUUUUUUUGCUAUGCUUUGGAGCCUGGGUGGGUACACAGAUGGUAUGUUUAGCCAAAGCAUGAGGGAUAAUUUGGAAAUAAAUGAAAGUUUGAGUCUGUGGACGCAUCUGACGGGUUUGUGUUCUCUCUGUGUGUGUCUGGGUCUGUGUGACAGACCAUCAUAGCUUGUAUGCCUUGGGGUCCUUAGGCCUCUGGGUUGGAACAUGGCUGACACCCACCUGGUUGUCUUUGAUCCUCUUGGGGGUAGGUAGGCCAGAGAGGUAGUGAUCAUGAUCGGUAAUGAGGACACAGUGGCCAGCUGUAGAUUACAUGGGACAUGGCAAAAGAAACUUUAACCCACCCCAUGAAGAGAUGGAAGGUGUCAGACCCAGCCUGCUUCAGGCUUUUUGAAGCCCACAGGCCUAUUAGUGGCUGGCCUGGAUCCCUGGGGAGGUAGUCCUUCAUCUCCAAAUUUGAACAUGUCUGACUACUUCUACCUCCACCCCUAAUUGGUGCCGAUUUUGUCCACUUGGCCAUUUAAGCAGCAAAACAAACCUCCAAGCAGCUUGGAGUCGACUCGUAUCAGGAGCCGGUCAGGGUGUGAACGGGCUGAACCACUGGGCAGCUGGCCAGUCAGUUUAACAGCCUCAGACUGGGACUGGUAGUGUGUCCUUGUGCUGGCCAAUGCUAGCGUGGCAUGCCCAGGACCUCACAGACUGGGUUUCCACCAUGACAAGGGAUGGAACCAGCACUCGGUCUCUCUUCCCUCUCCCCCUCUCCCCUGCUGCUUUUCUGCUUCCAUUACAGCUCUCAUUCAGCUCCCCAGGCAGCUAGGCAGCCUCCCCUCCCCUCCCCUUCUUCCUGGUGGGGCUCAGGACCUCUUGGAGAUGGGAGAGUUUAAACACGUGUUCUCUCCCUCUCUGCACCCCACCCACCUUUGGCUUGCAGACGGCUGCAAGCUGUUUUCCUCCCCAGAAGAACACGGCAGCAGUAAGCAGUAAAUACCCAGGAGUCUCCCAAACACUUGCUCAACCAGCUUAGAGUGCCUCCGACGCCUCCGGUAGACACUGCUCAGGGGCAUGGUCUAGCAGCUCAUCGAGCCUGUGCAUCAUCUCCCAGCAGUUCUGAUCCCUGCUCUGCCUUGGCCUCCACUUGGCUCUAGGUUUAGUCCCCACUGCCAGUCGCCAUGGGUAAGCAGAACAGCAAACUGCGUCCCGAGGUGCUUCAGGACCUGCGGGAACACACGGAGUUCACCGACCACGAGCUGCAGGAGUGGUACAAGGGCUUCCUGAAGGACUGUCCCACCGGCCACCUGACCGUGGACGAAUUCAAGAAGAUCUACGCCAACUUCUUCCCCUACGGCGAUGCCUCCAAGUUCGCCGAACACGUCUUCCGCACCUUCGACACCAACAGCGAUGGCACCAUCGACUUCAGGGAGUUCAUCAUCGCCCUGAGCGUGACCUCUCGGGGCAAGCUGGAACAGAAGCUCAAGUGGGCCUUCAGCAUGUACGACCUGGACGGCAAUGGCUACAUCAGCCGCAGUGAAAUGCUGGAGAUUGUGCAGGCCAUCUACAAGAUGGUAUCCUCCGUGAUGAAGAUGCCCGAGGACGAGUCCACACCCGAGAAGCGAACAGACAAGAUCUUCAGGCAGAUGGACACAAACAAUGAUGGCAAACUGUCCCUGGAAGAAUUCAUCAAAGGUGCCAAGAGUGAUCCAUCCAUUGUCCGGUUGCUGCAGUGUGACCCCAGCAGUGCUAGCCAGUUCUGAGGGGAGAACGGGCUUUUGGACAGUUGUGAGAAACACAGGCUUGACCUGCCAUCUUCAGCUUUGCUUGCAAAAAUGGAUUCCUCCGUGAUCUCUCCUGCACUCCAGGGACCUGGGUCCAGGCAGCACAUCGCACCCACCUGGCCUGGCCUGCUGCGGCUCCCUCCUCUAUCCGUUUGAUGCCCCUCCCCCUCCAGUCCAGGCUGGUUCCUUCCUUCCAAGGGUUCAAGUGUUCUCAGCUGUAGGGCUCCUCCCUGCCCACAGGGGGCCCAGAGGCCCUUAAGGACACCAGACAGGACUUUUCAGUAUCUUACCGAGACCAGCUGAUUUAUUCAAUGAUCCCAGGUGACUUCGUGAGGAUGAAGAAGAUGAAGAGUAGACAGGCAAGCCCUUCCUGUGCAUGGCUCCACCUCCCUCGUUCAUUUUCUCUGACCAAAGCCGCUUGCACGUAUAUACCGUGGUUUCCUUACUUUUAAUAUAUGAGUUAUGUGUACGGUGAGAUGGACUAUAACGUUUAGCCCCUGUAUUUAAUGCCUCUGACUGCCUUUGAAGCAUGGUCCCCUGUGGCCUGUGGUUUCCCCCCACCCCCAAGUCUGGCUGUGCUGUGGUAUUUAUGCAUUCAUGAUUUGCCUGAUUCCACAGGAGAUACAUGCAUGCCCAGGGCUAUGGACAUCUGCCCUCUGUCCUGCAAAUACAGGUGUUUCUGUGUGUUCCGUCCUUCCUGUUGAUUGGUCUGGCAUAUUAAAAUGAUCAAAUAAACCAA